UGUGUCAAAAUGCAAACCGUUGGGUGUCUCUGUGUUGCCUUAUUUAUUUUCGCGGUCUCUGGGUCCCCUACAUACCAAUGGGACGAGGGUAAGGCUGCUGGUGCAAUGAUGAUGGCCGAGGGUGUAGAACGCAUGAAGGAUGGUGUUGCUAUGAAGGAGAAGUAUGGAAAGAAGUUUGAUGUUUUCGGUGUUCCCGUUGGUGGUGAGAUUGGAUACAAAGUCGGUGCUGGAGACUCCAUAAAUCGCGACAAGAGACAAGCUGAGGAUGGCACGGUUGAAAGUGACGUUGAGGAGGAAUUUGACAUUGAAAUGGAAAUCCCGGAAGGCGCUUUAAAUCCCAACGGAACCGAUGGCGAAGGUACUGAUCCGAAAAAUAAGAAAUGGUACAGAAAAGUCGUUGAAGCUUGUCUCAAAUUUAUUCGACGAGUUGGAGAAUAUUUCUCACGUGCGACGAAUGAAUGAACUGUAGACCCAUCGAGGUGGAAUGAGUUGCCACACGUAAGAUAGUUUGGAGUUAAGAUUUUAUUACAAAACUGUGUCUACCUUCUGGCGCUACAUUUUAUUACUUUAAUUUUUAUUCUCAUCAGGGAAAUUAUUCGGAAUAAACUUUAUUAUUCUUCUUUUGUGUGUUUUAUAGAAAAAGAUUAAACUAAUGCUUUUUUAAAAGAUUCUAUUUACAUAAAAUUCAGACUUUUCUUCGGUAAAAAUCGUAAAAUCCUCAAUAUUUCAUCACUUUUAAAGGUUUUUUUUUAAAGUGUUUUUUUUUUCAGUUAAAUUUUCCAUAUAAAACAAUUCAACACAAUAAAAUUGCAAUGAAAAUCUUUGCACAUUCUGUAGGACAAUUUUUGUGUUUUAUUUUGUUAUUUGAAAAUAAAAGAGAACAAAUCUAUGCUA